GCCUUUUAGAUGUAUAUAAUCCCUGUGUUGACCCAGAAAACAGGCGCUAGAUUGAAGAGUUGAAGCGGUUGUCUUUGUGUUCUGACCUCGCCUGAGUACGGAGAUUAACCUCAUGGAAUAUAUCUCAUAAUCGAAACCUCGCUUUGCAUUAUUAUAAAACAAAGUGUAACAGUAGCAAAGUCACUGAACUUUGUAACAAGAAGAACGCGCACCGGUAUUUGGACAAGACAAUGGCUGAUCACCUGAUGAUUCCCAUGAACCAUGGGUUCCGGAUGGGAAUGAAUGGCAGCCUACAGGGCAGUCCCCAACACCACGUGCCGCAGGCUGCCAUGCAUGCCAUGUCCAACAGCCAGAUGAUGCACUACGGUGGGGGGCCCCAGGGUGGCCUAGAAGCUUCCAUGCGGCCCCGCCAAGGCAUGGUGGCUGCCAUGAAUGGCAGCCAAGUGGGCCACCACCAUCAGAUGUCUAGCAGUGUGAUGUUCAGCAGCCAGGGGCAGCAACACAUCCCUCAACAGCAGCAACAACCACAGCAUCAUCAUAUGCACCAUUCACAGCAACCCCAGCAGCAUCAGCAACCACAGCACUACAUGAGCAGUGGGAUCACAUCCCAGCAGCUGAUGGCCAGCAUGCACCUGCAGAAACUCAACACCCCAUACCACGGACACCCCCUUGUGCCCAUGAAUGGGAACAACAUGGGUAAUGGACCCCAGUACCGGGUGGGCACAGCCCAGCUGGCAGGAAUGCAGCACAUGGGUGGGUCGACACUGGGUCUAAAUGGCAUGGACACGGACCUUAUUGACGAGGAGGUUCUUACCUCUCUUGCAAUGGAGCUAGGCCUGGACCGCAUCCAGGAGCUACCUGAACUAUUCUUAGGUCAGAAUGAGUUUGACUUUAUCUCAGACUUUGUGAGCAAACAGCAGCCAAGCACAGUGAGCUGCUGAGGACUCCUCCAGCUGUCCUGGGGUGGGGGACUGUUGGGGUGGGGCUACUACAAGGCUGCACCUGCUGCAGCACACAAGCAGGAGGAUAAGUCUUCCUGUUUUAAAUAUAUAUGUGUGUGUGUUGGUAUACAUACACAUUCACAUUCUCACUUAGUUUUGUAGUGAUCGUUUACCAGUAGAGAAGAGAGAGAUUCUGUUCAUGCUGUUUUGGCCUGUGUCUGAAAGAAGUGUUAGUUUCCCCAGUUGCAACUGUCUCAUUGUUCGAGGUGGUGGUAGUGCUCAGCCAUGUCCACCAUCCCAGCCCACUGUGGGAUGAAUGUAGCGUCCCCUUGUGGGAUUAAGAAGCAAUUUGGAACAAUGUAAAGGAUGACGUGUCGCUUCAUGUUUGACACAAAUAAGGUCUAUUGCAGUUUUCAGAAUGUAUUUAUUCAGUUCGCCACACCAAGUUCUGAACAUCUUUCCAACUAGAAGCUCAAAGAGGUGAUAUCCAUUGGAACUUGCAGUGUGAAUUAUUAUUGAGUUGGGGCAAUUUUACAUUUUGGACUUGGGGGCAGGUUACCGGAGGUAUAAUUUGUAGAUGUCUACAGAGUUGGAUUGAGCCUGGUGCUCCAAAAUCAGCUUUAGUUGAGAUACAUCAGUCUGUGAGAAUGGUGAAAUUUGACUUGGUCAAGGAACAAAAUGGGGGGAAAAAAAUGGUUAUAAAUGUUGUGUUUUAAGGUUUGAGAGCAGGGUACAGAUGUUAGUGAUCUUGUUGCCUUGUCAGCUCAUGAUUGAUUUGCUGAUUUGUUUUUAUUACAAGAUUUUGAAUAUAUUACCCAUGAUUUGACUCCAGCUAUUUGUUCCACUACAGCUAAAUGAGUUAAACCUGGAAUGUUUGAUCUGCAGUGUCUGUCCCCCAUCCCAUCCUCAACACUCACUCUGAUGUUGGUGCUCAGCUGAUGUUUCCUUGUGGAUUUUAAAUCUAAAUCUGCUACAAGUAAAGUGCUCACUUAGGUCAGCAUGGGGUGUAGGACUGCCUUAAUUAUAGUCUUUUUAAUUUGUCCCUUUUUAGACCUAUUUUGUGGUCAGGCGCUGGGACUUAAAAAUGAAGAUGGAAUGGUUAUAACUGUGGCGAUGGAUGUUCAGCAGAUAAUGUAAGGGCUGGUGGGGCUCAGAUUUGCCUGGUUCCUAAAAUACUUCUGGAGUUCUUGCCAUAAGGUAGACAUUUCUAUACCCAGGUUUUUUUUUUCCCGCUUAGAUUUUCAAUUGAUUUCCAAAAAUGUUACAUCACACAUGUGUAAAAAUUCUGUUCCCUCUGCAGUUAGAUUUACUGACAUGGAGCUCCUCAAAGCUGAGGAACACCAUAAUGGGUGAGGAGCGUUAUGUGUGCUACACAAUUUGUAUUUAGAGCCAGCCACAAAACUAACUUUGGAAUCUAUUUUGGUUUGCGUUUGGCUUUUAUCUGUCACCCACUGACUUUGUAAAUGUGAUGUAAAAACUUAAGGCUUUGACUUGACUUGAUUGUGAUGAGUUCUUUCAUCUCUGCUUUUGCAGCUGGUGCACUUCCAGUUUCCUACAUGCAGCUCAGUCUGAUGGUGUACAUUGUUUUGAUUCAUUCCUCAACCUCUCUUACACUUUAAAUUGGCCCAGACAUGAGAGUUGAGAGGUGCAGCAGCCACAAGUCCCCACACAAUACACUUAAGGACAGCUGGAGAUAGUGCUGAAGCGUGGAUAUAAGUCAUUAUCCACUUCCUGAUAGGAAUAUCUUUAAACAACAGCUUUUUGUUUUGUGCCACAUUCACAUUGAGUUGUUUCUUCUUUGGCCAUCUGUUUCCAUAUGCUAGUUAAGGACCAUCCGCACUGACCACAGAUGCUAUUUCUAGUACAUGCUCAGCAUUACAUUGUGAGCAAACAUCUGCUCUGCAGCCAUAGUCCACAGUGUAAUUCCUGUAAGGACAGGACUCAAGAUGGUAGUCUUUUCUGGCUAUGGCCUCUUGGAGUGAGGCGUGUGCAUGUGUACCUGACUGGGACAAGGGACUUAUUUUAUGGCUAGGGUUAAUCUUAAUAUAGAUUAAGCUGGCUAAAGCUUUGCAUGUACAGUCCUAGGCAAAAUUGCAUAUAUAUGCUGAUGAGAAAGCCAGACAAGCCACAAGAUGCUUCCUGUUUGGGCCUUCACUUUGCUCAGGGUUGAUAACUGGAGUCCAUCUCAAUGUCGGGGAGCUUGGGAGUGGUGAGAUGGGAGUUUGUGUUUGUGUGUGGGGUGCCACAAGCAGAAGGGUGCAUGGUGGGUGCUUUUCAGAGCUACCCUAAAGGCUUCCCUAGGCUCUUGGUUGUACAGAGAGCAGCUGCAUUGUGAUCUACCCUGCUCUUGCUUUCUUUAGAUCAGCAUCCACCUUUUUAUGUUAUCCAUUCUAUUUGAAAAAAAUGUAUUUAUUUUUGGCAAUAAUAAUAAAAUAUUUAUUUAAUAAACC